AUGGACGAUCUUGCCGGCCUUGACUGGUCGGCCCCUCCAAAACAACAGUCGAGCACGCCGACCGCCUUCCCUCCGUUCCGCCAAAGCCCCGCGCCUCAGCUAUCCGGCCGCUCCACGCCUCUCUCUGCGCAGCAAUCGGGUGCUGGUGCUGUCGCUGGCGGCAACCGACCCUUCAAAGUGCCCUCCAAGCCUGCAACGCCUGCGAAUGACAGCUUCGCCAACCUCAUCACGGGCAACAGCUCAAAGUCCGCUACGAGCAACCUGUCCCUCGCGGAACGCCAGCGACAAUUGCAAGAGGAAAAGCAGCGCCAAGAGGCAGAGCGGCAGAAGCAAUAUGAUGCGCAUUUUGGUGCAUCAAGCUCGGCGUUCCUCGAUAACCUAGGGAGUGGGAAGAGCACGCCUGAGCCCGCGGCUGCUGGAUUUCGGCGCCCUACACCAAGCGCUUCGGCCAGGCAGAACCUCUCAGGCACUAUCAACAAGCCGUUCGCCGGCCUCGACACCUCCAUCAAGCGCCCCGUACAAUCUCCCCCAGCCGAUGAUGAUCUCCUCUCCGCAUUUAAUGCUAGCGCCCCCGUCGAUGCGUCCAGCCAUUUCCCACCCCCGUCCUUUGGCAGCGGUCGCAGCACACCAGCAAAUGGAACGUAUAGCUCACGAGGGCAUACUCCAGCGCCGCAAACCUCGAACAACAACUUUGUGAACGAUGAGGACGACGAUAUGUUCGGUCUCAACAAGCUGGCACACAAUUCUACCAGUCAGCCUCCACCUGAGUCGGCGCCUGCGGAAGACGAUGAUAUUCUAGGCCUGCUCAGCAAGCCGGUUUCCGAAUUCCAGACAAAAGCUGCGCCGGAGCUGAAACCUGAGCCCUCGAUGCAACGUCAAUCGACACCAGCUGCUGCUAGUCCGCAUGAUAAAGCCGUUGCUGAGCUUGUUGAUAUGGGUUUUCCUGCCGAGAAGUCUGCUAUUGCUCUGGCAACCACUGAAUCGGGACUGGAUGUCCAAGAGGCGGUUGGAUGGCUUCUCAACCAGGCGCAUGCAGAAGCUAAGGAGAAAACCCAGGAUCGCAGUCAAGAGAGGCCGCGGCGUAGUCCGGAUGAGUUCGACGAGCGGCCGAGACGUAGCGAUCCUAGGCAAAAGGCUCGUGAUUCGAGCGCUGGCGGGUCUACUCCGGCCUGGAUGCGGGGCGAAGAAGGCCGAAGCCGAUCUGGUCAACGCAGAACUGAAGGGCAAGGACAGGACAAAGACGUCACGCAAUAUGCAUCCGAGAUAGGAACUAGUUUCUUGAAGUCGGCAAAUUCGCUCUGGAAAACGACUCAAAAGAAAGCGCAAAGAGCAGUUGCAGACUUCCAACAAGACGGCGAGCACAAUAUGCCGAAAUGGAUGAGAGAUGCACAGGCCUCUGAGUCCGCAGGUAAAUCUCGUGGCAAAGCGCCCGCUGCUGAUGUCACUGAUGAAGCCAUGAUGUUGGAAGCUGGUGGACGACCAUCUAAACCACCACGACCGUCGGGUACUCCUCGAGAUCCAGAGCCACUUCCAGUACGGCCGAGACGGGAGCAGCAUGACUUACGCCAAGAUAUCCGCAACGGACGACCGGACCGCAUGUCCUCUCAAUCUCCAUCUCUACGUCAACAGCCACCACCUCUCGACAAGAGACCUGCUCACAAGCUCACGCGACAGGACCUUGAAGAGCAGAGCCCGCAAGCCUACAUCAGCCCAUCGAGGCGAAAGAAGACCACGCCCCAGCCAGAUCUUUUCUCUACAGAGCAGCCGGUCUCCUCACCUCCGCCUUCUACAUCCCGACAAUCCACACCGGCACAGUCGAACAAUCCUUUCCUCAAAGCAACGCAAUCGGCACCAAAAGCCAGAAGCCCUGCGGUCACCCCUCCCCCACCGAGACCGAAGGCCCCGCCACGUCAGAUCCCGCCUGCCUCAUCCUCAGCGCUCAAUCAAUCAGCAUCUUAUCGACAAAAAGGGUCAGAAGCCUUCAAGCGCGGUGAUUAUGCGGCUGCACAUGCUGCAUACUCAUCGGCUGUCGGUCCACUUCCUGCAACUCACCCUGUAAUGAUCAUUGUGUUGUGCAACCGCGCCGUUACCAACAUCAAAGUGGGCGACCCCAAAGCCGCAAUUUCCGACGCAGACUCUGCGCUUGCGAUCAUCGGGGUCUCGAAGGGCGAAGGUGAGAAAAUCAUCGCCGGUGGCACCGAACCUGAUAAAGAUAUGAAAGAAUUCUACGGCAAGGCACUCAUGCGGAAAGCCGAAGCGCUCGAAAACAUGGAGAAGUGGGCUGAUGCUGGGAAAGUCUGGAGAGAAGCAGUCGAGGCAGGUGUUGGCGGAUCUAUAAGUAUUCAAGGCCGUAAUCGCUGCGACAAAGCUGCAGGUGGUGGGAACCAAGCGUCUGCGGUGCCCAAACGGGCACCUGUGCGGAAAGUGCCACCGAAACCCUCUGCCAUGUCGGAUCUUGGUCCAGCCAAGGAGUCUGAAGCUGUCAAGAAGCUCAAGGCUGCGAAUGCUGCGGCGGAGAAAGCGGAUGACGAGAAGUUCGCACUUUCUGAUUCGGUCGAUGCCAAACUCGUCGCCUGGAAGGGCACCAAAGCAGACAAUUUGCGUGCGUUGCUCGGAUCACUUGACAAAGUGUUGUGGCCUGAGGCGGGAUGGAACAAGGUCAAUAUGGGUGAUCUGGUCAUGCCGAACAAGGUUAAGAUCAUAUACAUGAAGGCCAUUGCUAAGGUGCACCCUGAUAAGAUAUCUCAGUCCGCUACGACCGAGCAGAAGAUGAUCAGCGCUGCUGUCUUCGCGACUCUAAACGAAGCCUGGGACAAGUUCAAGACCGAAAACGGCCUAUAG